AUGUGCGAGCUCGCAGUGUCCGCCAGUGGCAUAGGCGUCAGUUCAGUGGAACAGGAGACCGAGGAAUCCAACGCGGUGAUGCUGCGGGCACUGCGGAAGAAAUAUCCGGAGGGCAGCAAAUUGCUGUGGGUUUGCGGAGAUGAUGUGUUCGACUGGAUCUCCAACGAACGUGGACAGGCUAUGCUUUGCGAGCUGGAUGGGCUGAUCGUCCAGCGACGCCUGCAUAAGGCCCCUGACAACCAAGCUGACCGCUUCUACCAGGCACCUGUAGACGGUGAUCUGGUCCGCACACUUCACUUGAAGCAUCAGGUGCAUGUCGACUUCAUCUAUGGCGAGUUGCCGCACUACUCCUCCACGCUCGUGCGCAACUCUCCCGCAAGCUGGCGGGCCUUCCUGCCGCAGAAAGUGGCAGCCUAUUUGGACGAACGCCCAGCACUGCUUGCCCAACUGGUACGAAGCGGCGAUGCGCCACCUGCUCAGAUGACUCCCCCGGCAUCGCCCCUGGGAGAUAUGGCAGAAGUUGCUGAUUUGGAUGAUGAGCUUGAGCAGCUGGAGCAGAAGCGGGAGGCCACGGGGGUCAUCGAAAAGCCGGAAAAGCCUGCUGCGCUGGAAUUCCUGGACCUGCUCCGCGAGGAGGAGACCUCCGCUUCCACGCCAUCAGAUGCUGCUGACUUGCCGCGGAUUUUGGGCUCGACCGUGCGCGACUCGCUCUCGCCAGUGUCAAGGAGCCCUCGCAAGCGCGCGGCAUCAAGAUCAAGACCUCCCUCAGGCCAGCGCCUCCGGGAG